AUGAAUAAUUCUCCAAACAUAUUUUUGGACCCAUGUCCAAACAGAUUUCAAGUCAAUGUCAUUAAUGAAAGCCAUGACAAUACACUACAAUCUCAAGGCGAUCCCGACUCACAACGCUACGAAGAGACUUCUUUUGCAGACGAUGUCAAUAAUAGACUCCGAGUCGGCUACAGGCCUGAAAACAGAGAAUUAUAUGACAAUUUCUUUCAAAACGGAGAUGCCGCGAAAACAGAUGGGAAUUUUCACCCUUAUGAUACCCACAGCAACACGUAUUACCUGAAAACAUUUGGUCAUAAUACAAUGGAUGCCGUGCCUAAGAUUGGUUACUACCGAAACACUGGCAGUGUCAGUGGGGUCAAAAUUAACAGACCUAGUCUGAUGGAUAUUCACGAACAGCUGGCAAAGGUAUGUCAAAGAAAGAAAAGACAGAUAAUCUCUUUUGUUCUCUUGAAGAGUUAUUGGUAACAUAACCCGUAUAGCCUCAACUGAGAGGGCAUUAAGAAUGACCAUACUUGUAGCUCAAUCCAAUUCAUAUUUACUCAGAUGGAAGUCUAUAUUUAAUGGCAGGGGCAGCGAUCUCGAUAUUGUGGAAUACAACUCCCAUCAUUCCUGACCAUUGACCACCCUGGUUGGGACCGAUGGGAGUUGUAGUCCACAUCUGGAUGGCACUAUAUUGGGUAUCCCUGCUCAAGAGAGCCAGUGUGGUGUAGUGGUUAAGAGCGGUAGUCUCGUAAUCUGGGGAACCGGGUUCGCGUCUCCGCUCCUCCACAUGCAGCUGCUGGGUGACCUUGGGCCAGUCACACUUCUUUGAAGUCUCUCAGCCCCACUCACCUCACAGAGUGUUUGUUGUGGGGGAGGAAGGGAAAGGAGAAUGUUAGCCACUUUGAGACUCCUUAAAGGGAGUGAAAGGCGGGAUAUCAAAUCCAAACUCUUCGUCGUCGUCGUCGUCUUCAAUGGGGCCCACUGCCAGGUAUGCAUGCAUAACAUUGAAAUCUUGUAUGCUUAGCUGUGAGCUGGGUUAAUUAAAUUCAGUGGGACCUAAAUCCCCAACUUUCUUUCUAUGUAUGUAAAUAAGCAAUUUACAUACCCAUGAUUUUAUGUAAAAUCCCAUGAUUUUAUGUAAUAAAGCAAGGCUUAAAAAAAAGAAGCAGCUUGCAAUCAGCUUAACACAAAGAUCUAGUUCUCAGUAAUGUAGUAACUGUUCAGGUGGAGCUUCAUAUAAUAUACAGAUAAUAAGCAUGUCAGGGGAAAAGCUGUAGAGCUCUGGAUUGCAGGAACUGCUUCAUGGAUAAUUCCAUAGUGGGAAGGGUCCUAAGGUUUAAAAAUAUGAAGCCCACUGAUGUAAAACAAUAGAUCCUGUUUAUCAGUUAGCAUAGGGUUGAUACCAAAUUAAUAUAUAUAUAUAUAUACAGUUUCUUUAAUAUAACGUAUCCCAUGCAGCACUAAGUUAAAGUCACUCGGCCGUAUUCUUAUUUCAGUAGCAAAAUGCUUUGCGCCAAUGAACACAUAAGCAGGUUGCUGGUGACUUUGUUGUAAAAUAAAUAAAGCAUUCAAAUGCACAAUGAGUUUCCAUUGGCACAACUGUUGCAGUGGAUUCCUCUGUUGCACAACAUUAAAAUUCACCGGUCCGUUAGCACAAGAGUCCUUGGACUAGCAGACAGAGAACACUGCAUACAGCCCCAUAUGCUUUCAAGCUGUUCCUGAGCUGUUUGAGAAUUCUCGUCCUCCUCUGUAGAAAAUACCAUGAAACACACACACAUACACAAACACUCAAAAUUUGCCACCAAAAAUAGCAUGGAGAAUUUUUAGAGGCCAUGGAUAUAUGAAUAUAUCUCUAGAAAAUUCACACCAUCCAAGAUUCUGUCUCUUUCAAGUCCCUAAUGAAAUGAGAAAAUGAUAUGUAGAGAAAAAGUCUUGGCAUGCCUUGGCAGAACGAUGUUGUAUUCCAUGCGAGGGGAAAAGCUGGAGAUUUGCUUGUUUUCUCCUAUUUUGCACGAUUUGUUAUAGUUUUGCUAAUUACAGAAGGGAGCUAUCCAGGUCCUGAAGCGCAACCUCCAACCACUGAAGAUCUCAUUUGCUUUGGUGUCUUAUUUGCAGCUGGCAUUGUCCAUAUCUUCAUAUAAAUGCCAGACCCUUGUUUUCUUUUAAAAGGGGGAAAACUGAGAUUUUCAGAUUGCUGUAUCCCUGCUCACACAUUCUGCAUAUUUCCUGUCUUCCUGUGGAACCACAGGCUAGACACGCUCCCGUUCCUUUCAUCUGAAAGACAAUCAUACUAAAUACCUUUUAAAAUAAUUUUUGUCGUUGUUUAGAACAUUGCGGUGACUUCUGGUUCAGUUGACAAAUUCGCCAAAGCAGAUGACAAUACAGAAGAAGCGGAAUCCAACAAGGAAGAAGAAACCAAAGGAGGCUUUGUGAAAUUUGGAUGGGUGAAAGGGGUCCUGGUAAGCAAAAUAUAUAUCCUAGAAGAGACCCCUAGGGUCAUCUAGUCUAACCUCUUGUGAUGCAGGAAUCUCGACUAAAGCAUCUGUGACAGAUGGCCAUCCAACCUCUGCUUAAAGCCUCCAAGGAAGGAGAUGCCACCACCUUCUGAGGAAGUCCAUUCCACUGUUGAACAGCCCUUGCUGUCAUAAAGUUCUUCCUGGUUUUUAGUCAGAAUCUCCUUUCUGGUGACGUGAAGUCACCAGAAGUCCUACCCUCUGGAGCAGGAGAAAACAAGCUUGAUCCAGCUUCCACAUCACAGCCCUUUAGAAAUUUGAAGGAGGCUAUCAUAGCUCCCCUCAGUCUCCUCUUUUCCAGGCUAAACAUACACAACUCCCUCAACUGUUUCAUGCAAGGCUUGGUUUCCAUACCCUUAAUCAUCUUGGUUGCUCUUCUCUGCACAUGCAAUUGCUUGUGCUGGAGUUUACUUGCUCCGGUUAGUAUAUCAGGGUUUGUGUUUUUUGCUUUGCAUUUCCCCCUCCCUCUCUCUCUCUAUGGGCAGCUUCAAUUAGCACUCAUAUAUGUCCUUUUUUUUGGAAGGGACACAGGUGGUGCUGUGGGUUAAACCACAGAGCCUAGGGCUUGCUGAUCAGAAGGUCGGCGGUUUGAAUCCCCGCAACGGAGUGAGCUCCCCUUGCUCGGUCCCUGCUCCUGCCAACUUAGCAGUUGGAAAGCAUGUCAAAGUGCAAGUAGAUAAAUAGGUACCGCUCUGGCGGGAAGGUAAACGGCGUUUCCGUGCACUGCUCUGGGUCACCAGAAGCGGCUUAGUCACGCUGGCCACAUGACCCAGAAGCUGUACGCCGGCUCCCUCGGCCAGUAAAGCGAGAUGAGCGCCGCAACCCCAGAGUCGGCAACGACUGGACCUAAUGAUCAGAGGUCCCUUUACCUUUAUGUCUUUUAAAAAUUUCAUUUAAAGCACUGCUCUGACAGUUGUCUCCACAUGUUCUAUUAUGAACAGUGUAACUGUUUGCACUGCCCCACUAUCCAACCCACCCAGACUCUUUCCUUGAGUGGCAGGAAAAGCAUGAAGGAUUCUCUGUGCGUUCAACUAAAUGUGGAAAGAUUUCCCCUAUCAAGAUGUGA